GGAGCCUAGUAGCUAGUACGAGGAGGAGUGUGUUUGAUUGUUGCAAUUGCAAGCCUCAAUGGCGGAUAGAGCGGGAUAGCGGCUUUGCGGACAAUAAUAUCUCGGUACUUCUCUAUUUGUGGCGUGACUUGGUCCGCCGUAUUUUCCCGUGGAUCCUACGGAAGAGGGGACUCCGGUGCAUGCAGCAAAGUUGCGGUAGUUGAGGUUUAAAUCUGUCACUUCUUUUAGGCCGAUUUAACCUGGCUAACUGGCUGGCUAGCUAGCUAACAAGCGAAGGAAGUUGCUCCUUCAAUUCACAGUGGCUAGCUAAAUAUGGGAGACUCUCUUGAACUGAUUGGGAAGCGAAUUCUAUUGCUCCUCAACGAUGGCAGGUCUGCAGCCGGACCCGAAGCGGAACAGGCCACCUGGACUCGUGACUGGCUCCGGGGGACCGUCCGGGCGGUCAGCGUCAUAGGUUUGGCCAGCCCAGGGGUAGAGGUGAGCGGAGGAGAGGCGACAACAACAACAGCAGCUGCGGGGCUGACGGUGUUUGUGGAGUUUGAGGACUGUGCAUGGCGCAGGCGGUCCUGGGUACAGGUUUACGGGGAGGAGGUGAGAGCUGUACUGGUCGAGUCCUCCAUCGUCUGGGCUAACCGCAGCAGCAACCCCAACCAGAACCACCCUGCAGCUGGGGGAGCCCCUGGGACAGCCUGGCCUGCCCUGACGUUCCGGUCUCUAGUGGACCGUGUGGGUCUGGGUUCCUUGGUCCCUGUGGAGUUCUUCGGGAACAGAACCCUCAGCAUCCUCCCUGACGGGAAUUCACUCCAGAGAUUUGAGGUAGAGAAAGACGUGAGGCACUCUCUCCUGCUGGAGCAGCCCUCUCUGCAAGCUGCAGUGUCCAGCUGGCACAGUGACUUUGAGCUGCAGGAGAUCCUCAGGAAGGGCUCCUACACCAUCCAGGGCAGGAGGGUUCAGGUUUACCAGUGUGAGUUUGACGAGCACUGGGCCCUGGGCCUGGUCUCUCGGCAUGACCCCAACUCACACAUCAUGGAGAUCACCAUGGACCAGGGAGAGGAGACCCAGGUGGUGGAUCCACGGGUAAUGCACGUGAUGCUAGCUGAAGAUCACUUUGAUGAGAACGGCAAGAAUGCUCGGCGGAGGAAGGAGAGCGAUGGAGGGAAGGGCGAGAGCGGCCGUAGACGGAGGACAGCCUCGGAAGGCGAGGAGGACGUGACUCUGAAGCGUUUUAAGGGGGCGGGAGAGGGAGCAGCGGAGGGACAGAACGGAAGCGGCUCCACCAAGGGGAUGGUGACGUGGGGAGCAGAGGUAACAACUGGAGGCGAAGACGGAGGAAGCAGAGUGAACAGCACUACCAACAAUAAUGCAGUUCCUCUGAAGUCACAGAAGGUCACGCCGCCCCCGAAAAGCAUUUCCUCCCAAAUGGACCAAACGAACGCUCCGCCGCGGUACCCUAAGGAGAACGGACGCACACAGGACAGACAGGGGUCUGCCGACUCAACCUCUACAGUCACCCCCACCCCACCCCCCCUCAAACCGGCCCCCUCCCCAUUCUCCAACACCUCCUUCCCCUCUCUGGGCCAGAUGCCCAGCCUUGUCCCUGGAGCUCCGGCCGCCAAGCCUUCCCCAGCACCCCCAACCCUAGAGAGCGAGGAGCCAUCUCAGUCUACCUACCCCAAGACGGCUGCCCUGGUGUCCCCUGGCCCGGUGACCAUCUCGUCCCCAUCGCAGGGCAGUGCCCCCAGCGUGGCCCUCUCUGCCACCCUGGGCUUCAGCCCCAAACCCACCGCCUGGACAGGACCACCCAACCAGACGGAGGGCUCUAAGCCCAUCCUGGCUGCGGCUGGGUUCCGGCUGCCCCAGUCCAAGCCUGCUGGUGCUUCUGUGUUCGGAGAGGUAAGCUCCCAGACCAACGGUUCCUCCAACACAGCGUCAGCCUCCCAGGACACCUCCAGACCCUUCGGCUUUGCCUUCAGAGGCGCCAAGAACAACGAGGCCCAACCGCAGCAGCAAGACCAGAACUUAUUCUUCCAGUGUAUGAGUCAGAAGACUGGCCAGAAUCCUGGUGGUCCUAAUCAGAACCAGAGUCCAGGCCUAGGUCAGAGCCAGGCUAAAGACGCCAACUACUUCACAGCAGUGUCAGAGAGCUUGACUAAGGAGCCUCCUAGCCUGUUCAAGCCCUCCGCCUCCACAGAGGGACUCAAAAAGACUGUUCUGGCCCCCGCGUCAGCUGGCCUGUUUGGCUCGGCUACAGCUCAUCUCAAAGAGCAGUCUAAAGUGCCUGAGACCCAGCCGGCAGGCAACGGAGUGCUCAACAAGCCUUUCGGAGGGGACCAACUCUCGCCUUCCUUCAGCAGCGGCUCUGGGGGGAUGAGGAACUCUGUUCUGGGAAUGGGGGCGAUUGGCACCCCCCUGGCUCCGGCCUCUGGAGCUCUGAGUGGCGCUAACAACAGGAGUGGCACUAACGGUGGCGUGGUGGGUGGCUUCGGCACCAAGACAGACAGCCACCAGAACCUGUUCCUCCAGGGCUCCAAGGAGCCCUCCAACCCCUUCCUGGCCUAUGGGGAGAAGCUCUCCCACAGCCCCUUUAGCGGCAAACCAUCCCCUCUGGAGCCUGAGACCCUGGGCCCUGCCUCUGCCUCGGAGAGCAAACCCAAUCUAUUCACAAUGGCAGAGCCGCCCAAGGGCAUCCUGUCUUCCCCCUUUGCCUCCCUCUCAGGCGCCGCUGCCUCCAGUUCUUCCUCCCCGGUACCUGCCUUCACACAGAGGCCCCAGUCUGACGCCCCCUCCAAGCCCAAGGAGGGCGCCUCCACAGGGGAACAGGGCUCCUCAGCUGAGGGUGGUUCUCUGGAUGACCGGCCCAGCUCCACCUCGGGCUUCCCGGUGUUUGGGAGCGCCGUCCCUGGGGGGAGUGGUGAGGACGCGCCCAUGCCAUUUGACCAGGGCCAGGCCCAGAAGUUUGCCCUGGAGGAGCGAGGCCAGGCGUCUAAACGGGACUCUGACUCCAGUGAUAACAGCGACCUGUCAGACCUGAGUGAGACUGAGGAGGGGUUGGAGAGAGGGCAGGCCCCUGGGGGCCUCCCGGGGCCCGUCAAGGAGGGAGCCAUGCUGCUGCAGAAGGGUAAAGGCCCCGGGGUGGCCAAGAGCAGGCCACGCAACAAGCCCUUCAAAGUGGGCCAGUCAGUGCUGAAGGACGUGACUAAGGUGCGCCGUCUGAAGCAGUCAGGAGAGUCGUUCCUGCAGGAUGGCUCCUGUAUCAACGUGGCGCCCCACCUCCACAAGUGUCGCGAGUGUCGCAUGGAGCGCUACAGGAAGUACCGGGAGCAGGAGCCUGAUGACGACGACCCCAACGUGGCCUGCCGCUUCUUCCACUUCCGCAGGCUGGCGUUCACGCGUAAGGGCGUCCUGCGUGUCGAGGGCUUCCUGAGCCCCCAGCAGAGCGAUGCCAUGGCCAUGGGGCUGUGGCUUCCCUCGCCGUCCGUACAGGAGGGCCUGGACCUGGACACCUCCAAGUACAUCCUGGCCAACGUGGGAGACCAAUUCUGUCAGCUCGUCAUGUCUGAGAAGGAGGCCAUGAUGAUGGUCGAGCCUCACCAGAAAGUGGCAUGGAAGCGUGCGGUGCGCGGCGUCAGGGAGAUGUGUGAUGUAUGUGAGACCACCCUCUUCAACAUCCACUGGGUCUGCAGGAAGUGUGGCUUCGGGGUGUGUCUGGACUGCUACCGGCAACGCAGGAACCGCCCUCUGGAGGAGGUGGACGAGGGGCCUGAUGACGAGGUGUUCUCCUGGUUGAAGUGUGUCAAAGGACAGAGACACGAGCCCCAGAGCCUCAUGCCCACACAGAUCAUACCUGGAACAGCUCUCUAUAACAUAGGGGAUAUGGUGCACUCAGCCCGGGGAAAAUGGGGCAUCAAGGCAAACUGCCCCUGCACCAGCCGGCACCACAGGCCCCUACUGCGCCCUAGCGCCCCCAACGGCAUAUCACAGCAGUCUGCAGUGUCCUCCAGCAUGGGGAGCAGUGGUAGUGGACCAAUUACAGGUGGUGGGGGGCCAGCGGGUUCAACCACUCCUAAACCAGAGGGGGGGGAGACGACAGUGGUCAAAACGGAGUCUACAUCCAGCACAACGUCAUCCGAGGCGGGAGGAGGAGGGGUUGAUACUAUCUCCACCAACAGUACCAGUGCCCCCCCUAACUCUGCCCAGACCGCCACCCCCAAGGACCCCCGCCCCUCCACGGGUGAGGGCAACUCCACCGCCCUGCACUGGCUGGCAGACCUGGCCACUCAGAAAGCCAAGGUGGAGGAGACUAAAGACUCUGGGUCGCUGCGCUCGGUGAUGGGCCAGGACACACGUUCUCCCUUCGGCCUUGACUCGUUCAACGCCCUGUCCAAGCCUUCAUCCUCCUCCUCUUCCUCCUCUAGUCCUAAGCUGUUCAACAGCCUGCUGCUGGGCUCCAGCAACACCCAGCCCAAACCAGAGGGCUCCAGCCUCCGAGACCUGCUCAACUCUGGUCCCGGGAGGCUCCCCAAGGCCCCCGGAGACACUGGAAUACCCUUCCCCUCAGUCUUCUCCACUUCAGCCGCUGGGGACAAGAUGAAGGGCAGCCUGCCUAACUUCCUGGACCAUAUCAUUGCCUCGGUGGUGGAGACCAAGAAGGCGGAGGGCCGGCGUACGGGCGAGGGGGGCAGCGAGCUGGGCGGGGUGGGCCGCAGGGACGGGGUGAUGGGCCUCAGCGUGCUGGACCCCCACACCUCCCACUCCUGGCUCUGUGACGGACGCCUGCUCUGCCUGCAGGAUCCCUCCAACACCAACAACUGGAAGAUCUUCAGAGAGUGCUGGAAACAGGGCCAGCCGGUCCUAGUGUCUGGUAUCCAUAAGCGUCUGAAGGGGACUCUGUGGCGGCCUGAGGCCUUCAGUGAGGAGUUUGGGGACCAGGAUGUUGACCUGGUCAACUGUCGGAACUGUGCCAUCAUUUCUGACUUCAAGGUCCGUGACUUUUGGGACGGCUUCCAGGUCAUCUCCAAGCGUCUGAAGGGUAGUGAUGGCCAGCCCAUGGUUCUGAAGCUGAAGGACUGGCCUCCUGGAGAAGACUUCAGAGACAUGAUGCCUACACGGUUUGAUGAUCUGAUGGACAACCUCCCCCUCCCAGAGUACACUAAGCGAGACGGCCGUCUGAACCUGGCCUCCCGUCUGCCCAACUUCUUUGUCAGGCCAGACCUGGGGCCUAAGAUGUACAAUGCCUACGGUCUGAUCGAGACAGAAGACCGGAGUGUUGGCACUACCAACCUGCAUCUGGAUGUGUCUGAUGCCGUCAACGUCAUGGUGUACGUGGGCAUCCCCGAGGGAGAGGGAGACCACGUCAAGGAGGUGAUGAGCACCAUCGAGGAGGGUGACGUAGAUGAGAUGACCAAGAGGAGGGUGUACGAAGCCAAGGAGAAGCCCGGGGCACUCUGGCACAUCUACGCCGCCAAGGACGCCGAGAAGAUCCGCGAGCUGCUCCGCAAGGUGGGUGAGGAGCAGGGCCAGGAGAACCCUCCGGACCACGACCCUAUCCACGACCAGAGCUGGUACCUGGACGGGGUGCUGCGCAGGAGGCUGUACGAGGAGUACGGCGUGCAGGGCUGGGCCAUCGUACAGUUCCUGGGAGACGCUGUCUUCAUCCCCGCUGGGGCUCCCCACCAGGUGCAUAACCUGUACAGCUGUAUCAAGGUGGCGGAGGACUUUGUGUCUCCUGAGCAUGUGAAGCACUGUUUCAGACUGACCCAGGAGUUCAGACACCUGUCCACCACACACUCCAACCACGAGGACAAGCUGCAGGUGAAGAACAUCAUCUACCAUGCCGUAAAGGACGCUGUGGGGACACUGAGGGCCCACGAACCCAAGCUAGCACGCUCUUAGUGCCCGCUAAACACACACACACACACACACACAAGCUGCAGUUAUAGAGUAGAGUUCUCGGUGUGCAGAGAGAGGCACGGUGAUGUGCUCACAACUCUCUUAGUUUGUGGGGGGUGGGGAGGGUCUAUAGUCAUGACUUGGAUGAAGGCAGUACUACUUCAUCGCUGUUACACGACAUGCUCUACAUGUCUUAGUUGUUUUCCAAUUCACUUCUGAUGAACUCUGUAUUUAAGGUCCGUGUGUCCUGUUUGUUUAUGGAAGGGGAGUAUGUGAUGUGAGGAGAUUCAGCUUCUGUGUAGCGUCUGACUAAAUGUGAGCACUGGGCUGUGUUUCCUUUUUUGACCACCAUUGAUAUUAUUAUUCUUCCUUAGAAGAGAGGUUUCACUUGCUUUUAGAUAUUUUUUUUGUUGGUUUUAAAAUCAGAUUUCCUUCCACCUUUAGUGGUGGAAUUAAGACUUGUGCAAGUAACAAGCAUCGAAGUGAACUAGACCAAAGUUUUGUAUUUUUAGUUGUCUUAUUUUUAAUUAAAAGCAAGGACUUAACAUGUUUUCUUUAUUUUAUGGAGGGUAAUUCAGAGUAUUCGCUUUGAAUGCUUGACAGAGUGGCUUUGAGAAAUGUAUCCAUUUAUUUGGUCACCUUUGUUGUCCCAAGGUUUGCAUGGAUGAAGUGCAGACUUCAAAACGUUGUACAAGAAUCACGAUUCCAACUGAACAGAAACUACUGGCCGUUAACAAUGUAUCAAUAUAUAUCGAUGAUCCUAGUCUGUUUGAUUUUUCAAAAUAAAGUUCACAAAUAAUUAAAUGUAA